ACUCGUGUUCCUGCGUCCACACCCCCCACACAGGCACCGGCAGCAUCUGGACGGAGUUCUUCCCUCUUACUCUCCCUCAUCUCCCUCUCUCUCGCUGUCUCUUUGUCUCUCUCGUCGAUUGUCCCAGCUCAGUCAGCAGCAUCUGCAUGGGGAAGAAGAAGGAGGAGGAGGAGGAUGGUGAAUGCACCACAUCGCUGGGAACUCCUCCUCCUGCUCUUUGACGGGCCAAUGAACGAAGAGUGCCGGGAAAUACAGCAGAAGAACGACGCCGACGUCUUGUCAGUGUGAUGGAAAAAUGUUGUGAGUGUUUGCAAAGCGUCUCUUGAGAACAGGAAAAAAAAAAAACACGAAAAACUAUCAAACAUCGCAGGUGACUGGACAAUGUUUUUGAGCCACUGAUUUUUUGGGGGGGCAUCUCCUUUUUUUUCCCCGUGUCUUCUCAUCUUUGAUUCCAGGGACGCAGCGGCUUGUCUCCUCCGGCAAUGAAGUUCAACCUGUUCAGGAAGCCCCAGCCAGUGGCCCCCUCCGAGACCACCGGAGCGACCACCCUUGCCAGUAUGGCCCCCACCCCGGCAGCCAUCUCCACGGUGGCUGAAAGUUCUGGAAACGACACGGAGAUCAGCAAGCAUGACAUGUUUGAGGAGAUCAAGAGCAAGUUCUUGAAUGAAAUUGACAAAAUCCCAUUGCCCCCGUGGGCUCUGAUCGCCAUUGCAGUGGUGGCCGCUUUGUUGGUGCUCACCUGUUGCUUCUGCAUCAUCAAAAAGUGCUGCUGCAAGAAAAAGAAGAACAAAAAGGGUAAAAAGGGCAAGGAUGGCUUCAACAUGAAGAACAUGGAGGGCGGUGAGGAACCGCAGGAUGAUGACGAUGACGAGGGAGAGACCGGGCUGACGGAAGAGGAGAAGGAGGAAGAGGAGAAGGAGCAAGAGAAGCUUGGCAAACUGCAAUAUUCCAUUGACUACGACUUUGAAAACACAAAGCUCACCGUCGGAAUCCUUCAAGCGGCGGACCUCAUGUCCAUGGAUUCGGGAGGUACUUCCGAUCCGUACGUACGAGUCCUGCUCUUGCCUGAGAAAAAGAAGAAGUUUGACACCAAAGUCCACAAGAAAACGCUCAACCCUGUCUUCAAUGAAACCUUUGUCUUCAAGGUGCCCUACGAAGAGCUCGGUGGCAAAACCCUGGCGUUGUCUGUUUUCGACUACGAUCGCUUCUCCAAGCACGAUGUCAUCGGCGAGGUGAAGCUGCCCAUGAACACCAUCGACCUCGGACGGCCCAUUGAGGAGUGGCGGGACCUGGAGAGUGCCGAUCAAGAAGAGCCUGAGAAACUCGGGGACAUCUGCAUCUCCCUGCGUUACGUUCCCACUGCCGGGAAACUCACCGUCUGCAUCCUGGAGGCCAAGAACUUGAAAAAGAUGGAUGCCUGUGGAUUAUCCGACCCGUAUGUGAAGAUCCAGCUGCUGCAGGGGGGUAAGCGUCUGAAGAAGAAGAAGACAACGGUGAAGAAGAACACCCUCAACCCGUACUACAACGAAUCCUUCAGCUUUGAAAUCCCACUGGAACAGAUGCAGAAAAUCCUUGUGGCCGUCACUGUGUUCGACUAUGACAAGAUCGGCAAGAACGAUGCCAUCGGCAAAGUUUUUGUGGGCAGUAAGGCCACCGGGCUGGGUCUCAAGCAUUGGUCCGACAUGCUGGCUAACCCGCGGCGCCCCAUCGCCCAGUGGCACGCUUUGCAACCAGAGGAGGACAUCGACGGUCAGCUGGCCUCCUUGGCGGCCAAGAAGUAACCAGCAAACUAUUCCAGCCCUUCAUUCAAUUACUGAAACUUUGCAUGGCUUCAACCCACUUUUCAUGAAAGCUGCUCAGCAAAAGACUGGAUAGAAUAGAUUCGGUUUGGCUUUCGAGGCAUCCCAUCUUGCAAACGCGUGUCUGCUUACCAACUUGACGUUUCCAUCUCAACAUUCUUGUACACUGAAGUGUGAGCUGAAUUUAAGUUGCAUUUGUAGAGCAUGCUUUGCCCCACCGGCCCACGGCUUUGCACUCUUAACGUAUCCUGACAUCAACUUGCAAAAUAGAAAGUGGAAUCGAAAGGUUUGGGUCCUGCUGUUCAUGUCACC